CUUCCUACUACCACACUCUUCUUAGUCAAUAUAUCUUCAACAGUAUUCUUCAAAAGAAGAAUCGCUCUGUUGGAAAGUGUUCCAGGUGUUUAGGCUAAACCAUGUGGAUUGUGUGAAUCUGAUCAAUUCUUCUUCUUCCCCAGACUGGACUGGAAUGAUUGAUUGUCACCACGAGAUUCAAAUAAGAUACUGUGGCCUACUGGCAGAACAAGAUUGUUGUCGAAUCAAGGAGGAUUUCUUUCUAGGCACACUAUCAUGUCUACAGACUCUCCCAGCUCCACAUUUACACCCAGUGCCAACAGGUUCCUGACAACGACACCAGCCCCUCAGACCUCCUCCCUACGCCCCUCUGAGCCUCCAGGGUUCUCCUUCCAGCAGAUGGCGCACUCACAGUGUGAGGAGAGCAGUUCUGUGUCAUUUACCACUGCCCAGCGCGAGAGAGAGAGUGCCACCUACAGACAGAGAAAUGCCGCUGCAGAGAGCUGCAGGAGGCACAGCGUUGAUGGAGCCAUGGUGGGACAGAGUCAAAGGUCAAACUUAGUGUCAGGAUCGGCUGACCGCUUCCACCCCUACCGACAUCAGUUCAGCGAUGAUGGGGUUGGCACCGGUUGCCUGGCCCCUGGUGCCCCUGGGUCUCGUACCUUCGUCUGUCUCAGAGAGGUAGAGGCUCCAGAUAGCUUCGUUGCCACACGCACAUCUACCAGUGAGGAACAGACAUCCUGGGAUCCAUACAACGGGAGUUUCCAGGCUUCCAGACUGAUGCAGGGCUCCCAGUGCUCUUACACAGAACCACCGGAUGCACCCGAAGAACCUUCCUGCUUCCUGUCCCAAGGCCACGCCUCCUACAGCCCCCUAGCCCCGCUUCCGCAGUUCUCACCAGGUGUGUAUUCUACCAGUGGACAAUCCAAAAGUUCUCAGUAUUCUCUCCAGUGCCUCUCCACUCCAACCCAUCAGGACAGUAGCAUGCAGUCCCUCUUCCCCAAGCCCAUCUACUCAUACAGCAUCCUGAUCUUCAUGGCUCUGAGGAACAGUAAGACAGGGAGUCUCCCGGUUAGUGAGAUCUACAGGUUCAUGACUGAACACUUCCCCUACUUCAAGACAGCUCCAGAUGGAUGGAAGAACUCGGUCCGCCACAACCUGUCUCUGAAUAAGUGCUUUGAGAAGGUGGAGAAUAAGAUUGGCAACUCUUCCCGUAAGGGCUGCCUGUGGGCCCUCAACCCAGCCAAGAUAGAGAAGAUGCAGGAAGAGCUACACAAGUGGCGCCGUAAAGACCCCCUCACUGUCCGCAAGAGCAUGGCCAGACCAGAGGACCUGGAUCGCCUGUUGGGGGAAAGACCAGAGAAGCUGAAAUCUUUACCUUCUUACCACAACCAAAUCCCUACCCCUUCCUCCUUCACAUCCCAUCCUCCAGAGCCCUGUCACCCUCUUCGACUUCCCCUCUACCCCCACGUCCCCCCUCCCUCCCUGACAGUCCAACAGCACCCCACAUUCACCUGCCCUCCACCCCCCUUCUCCUUCUACUCCCCCUGCAGACAGCAGCCUCCAUCGGGAAUCCCCCCCAAUGUGGGUACCCUGGGUUCCCCUCUGGGCGGGGCAGACACCCCCCACUGUUACUUGUGGGACGAGCUGAGAGAGGACAGCCUGGCUCCUGAUUCGCUGGUGGUAAUCAGCCCCUCCCUGUCCCCAUCCUCUUCCCAGCCAACACACCUCCUCCUGGGGUCCAGUCUGAGGAGCACCGGUCCUGUCAACCAGACAUCAGAGUGGAUCUCCGACGGGCUGGGGAAGGAAGAUGAGGAGGAGAUGGGAGGAGGAUGUGGAGGUCCAUCAGACCUACAUAUUAAUGGACAGUACCACACAGCCUACCCAGGUGUGGAGAGCUUGGCUGGUUACCUCACUUCUAUGGGGAACACCCCCAUACCUUUGCUUUGAAGCCCAGGAAUAGGGCUCCCUUCGUGGAAUAGCUCACAAAGACCUCCCCCCUGGACCUCUAGAACAACUCAAGACUGUGGUUGUGAAGGUCAAGACUUAUCACAAAGGGCUCAGUUUGAAAGUGAAUGUAGCAAUGAUCACAAUCAAAUGUCAUAUUUUGCUCUGCUUUGAACAUGCAGAGCACGUUGACUCAAUUUGUCGACAAUGAGUCUGAAGAGAAUGGGGGAGUCUGAGUUCAGAUUUGAUCAUAACCGCGUAAAAAAUAUGUUGUUAUUCAUAACAAUGACUUUGGCUGGGUCAAAGUCAAGACUUGACAUUCAUGAGAAUGAAUGUAUCCAAAAGCUCAUGACACACCUGACUGUUCAGUGAUUAAGAGUAGAGUGCAGUAUGACCUAACUCCACACAAGAUGGCAGCAAAGAGCUGUAGAGCUGUAGUUACUGGGAACUUUAAAGUUGUAGACAGAAAUACAGCACUAAUCACAUUUUUUCCGUAUUCUACACUACAGAGAAUCAUAUAUGUUCUACACAAAACAUUUCUAUGUUGAACAUUCUGUGAAGUCGCAUUCUCCUGAAUAAGCCCCCUGGUGUGAUAUGUUCCCACUAUUGCAAUUAGCCUUUUAUACAGCUUAUGGUGACAAGAGAUGAUUCAAGCCAGUUGUUUUUUAGCUCAAAGCUAAUGAAUACAAUUACAAAAUGUGUCUUAGCAUAAUUUCUUAUACGAAACAGGGAACAUACUCACUGUUUACUCAAUUCAUUUUGCUUUAUAGAAAUAGUUUUCAAAGCUUUAUAGCUAAAUUACCAUUGAGGAUGGAAGUCAAUAUCAAGGCAGAGCCAGACGACUGUUCUCAGGCUUUCAUCUGGUUCCUGCAGGCACUAUCUCAUAAUAAAAAUAAAAUCACCUUACCAGACACAWUUUUUGAGAGUGUAUUUUAGUCAAGGCAUGUGUGAAAAGCCCCUUUUUCUUGUAUGACUUAACUGAGUAUAUAGUAAACUGUUUUUGAUUUAUAGCGCUUGAAUUCAUUCAUGAAUUUAUAUUCUAGUCUAGACAAUUGUUCUGUGUCUAUCUAUGCAAUUCCCUUCUUCUAAUUUCUGUCACAGAUCUAUCCAGUCAUUGUAAAACAACAUUUGUUAUACAGUGCAUUCGGAAAGUAUUCAGACCCCUUGACGUUU